GCCUCAAUCUGAAGUCUAAAGCUUCAUUUGAUCUGUGUUAUCUGAUGUUUGUAUGUUAUCUGCAUUCGUCUCAGCACCAGCGUUGUCUUCGCAGUGUGGCGAGCGGCGAUGGGCGGGCCCGGAGGAAGGGUGGGCACGGGGCGUCGGACGAUGGCGCCCGGGCUGGGAGGUCAGGUCGCGAGGAACCUGGAGGAGAGUCAGGUGGUGGAGGCCCGAGAGGCGCAGGACACCAGGACGGUAACGGAGCGCGUUUGGCAGCACCUGGCCAGCGUCCCGUGCCAGGACCACCAGCACACCGACCCCGCCAUCGUGCCCCAAACCACCUCCACGUGGACGCCGCACAAAGAGCCCGUGCCGGGGUCGGUGGCCUACAUGACAACAGGAGGAGACUACGGCAGGUUCCCCCGUGGCUCCGAGGCCCUGGGACGCCCGCCCGUCAACCACUCCCUAAGCACCCGCUUCACGCACCACCUCGCUGCCUCUGGGAUGUUCAGGAACCACUCCUUGAACAUGUGACUUUGCAGGAAGCACAAUUCGGAGCGGCGAAAUAUGUGAAAGGAUCUGCCUCCGAUCCGCCAUUCGCCUACGCCAAGGCUCUCUUAUGGCAGAAUGUGUUCCCUUGGUAUUUUCUUCUCAUUGCUAAUUGCAUUUUGCUUAACGCUGGUUUAUCCUGCGGUGAACUGGCGGCAAGAUCGCUUCUUUGGGAAUAAAUCUUAAUCUUAUUUUCAUCUAAACUCUUUCGCUGUUUUCUAUUUGCUUGCUCUAUUCUGAUGCUUCCAAGACCGUCCAAUACAUGCGAAAACUUUACAUUGGGUGAAAUAGCUAACCACCGAUUGCACAGAAAAACGUGCUUCUGCUGCAACAUUUGCUACAAAUCGGGUCAUUUUCAGUCACAAGCAAAAGGAGUAAGCCACUUCUCCAGCACCGACUAGAAAACAGGCAACAGCUUCUCCCUCACUGCUGAGUCUAAAGGAGAACCCAGCAGCGACUGCUUGGCCCACGGAGGCGGACCGCCAAUUGGUAAUCAUGGUCGUAGCGAUGAUGUAGUGAUUGGUGAUAAACACGGUCUAUGAAUGAGCUGUUGUAAAUAAAACUCGCUGAACUCAA